AUGCCUAGCUCCGAACAGUAUACACAGGAGCGCACCUUUGCGAUGCGCGAGGAACUCAAAUCAUACUACUUUUCCAAGUCGCAGGAACAUGAUCAUCGUGGUGAAGAGCUCACAGAGGAAGGGAAACUCGAGGGAUACCAGGCUCUAUGCCGUGAGGUCCGUAUACCUCCAAGCCACUCCAUGUCAGAAUGCAAGAAGCAUUUGAAGAACCCGCUUGUCAACAUCGUGGACCUGAUCGACGCGCGACGGAGGUCCAAGGAGGUCAAGGUGUGGCAUGAUUUUGAAGCCUUCCGCGACUACACCCUGAAGGACGAACAUAGGAUCGACAUGGGCGAGGCGAAGAAAGACGGAGGAUACCUGGCCUCUCUGUUGCAGUACCUUGGACACCGGUGA